AUGCUCUCCUCUUCAACCCCAACCCUUCUCUGUCUGAGUCUCCUCUUCUUUCUGUCUUAUCACUCCCCUGUUCUCUCCUGUCAGACUGGGACGGGCAGCCAGUGUGAAUCUGCUCCCUUUGUACCAGGCCACAACCUGGUGGGGGAGGGCUUUGAUGUGGUCACCAUGCGGCGUAAAGGAGCCUACCUGGUUGAUGUGAAGACUUUCCUCACACCAAAUGGCACCUGUACUCUCUGCUCCAACCCUCUUCAAGGCAACAGGCUGCAGAAACUGUCAGUCUCUGCAGUGGACUGGCGUGUGGAUAGCCAAUGCAAUACUAACUUCUAUGACUAUGCAUACUCCUCUGUUAGCUCACUGAUUGAUUCUUACACCAACGACCGUAGGAGUGAAUGGAAGUUUGGCUUAAAUAUAAAUAGGUUUGUGUCGAGCGGCCUGGAUGUGGGAGGAACACGGUCCAACGUGUAUACGUUUGCUUCAGAAAAGCGCAGACAGGACCGCUUCUUUUUCAGCAGUCACAGUGUCACCUGCCGCCGUUAUCGUUACCGUGUGUCCAAAAGACCGCCCCUCAGCUUUGAGUUCAGUAAGGAUUUGGCCAGACUGCCAAGUGAAUACAGCUCCUCCACCAGGGAUGAGUACAUGGACCUCAUACAUACCUAUGGCACACACUACCUUCGCAAGGUUCACCUUGGAGGGCAAAUCAAGCGAGUCACAGCUACACAUACCUGUGUGUCCUCAUUGAAUGGGCUCACCGCAGAUAAGGUCCACUCCUGCUUAUCACAUGGUGUCUCUGUAGGCCUGGGGAUGGUGACAUUAUCCGCUAGCCAACCAUCUUGCAACAAAGUCCUACAGAACCAGGGCAGGAGUGACAUAUCCAGCUCUAGUCUCCAUGAACAUUACACAGAAGUUGUAGGAGGCAACGGUUGGUCUGGGGAGUUUUCACUCACUCAUAAUGACCAGGGGUACAGAAAAUGGCUGAACACCAUUACGGACCACCCGAAUAUUGUUUCAUACCGCCUUAGGCCAAUGUAUGAGCUGAUGCCAAAUAAGACACAGAAGACAGGGAUGAAAGUUGCCAUAGAGGAAUACUUAGAGGAAAACGCUGUUAAGCAGUCACCUAGAGAACCAAACUGUGGAUGGUACACUCCCAACCUGGAUGCCAGCUGCUGUCCUAAAGAUAACUUGUGGGGAAAACUGGUGGUGACCAUAGUCCGAGCCUGGAAUCUGUAUGGAGAUUAUGCUGCCGCUGUCCCUACUGAUGGCUAUGUUAAGAUGUGGUAUGGUUCCAUGUAUCGGCAGACUCAUGUAGUUGAGUCAGACAACCCCACGUGGAAUGCUCGUUAUGAUCUUGGCAGGGUGAGAACAAACUUGGAUUUGAAGAUCGAGAUCUGGGACUCGGACUUGCAAUAUGAUGACCUUCUGGGAUCAUGUAACAGGAGUUUGAUGGAGGGGACAAACACAAUCUACUGCCCGGCCGAUCCAGGCUACUUGGAGGUCAAGUACACUCUCACCUGCGACCCUUAUCUGACUGGAAAUAAGUGUCAACAUUAUAAACCAUCUCCACAGUGAGAAAUGUAUUUUGAGGCUUUGAAUGUUUGUUUGGUCACUCGUUUAACAAGAGAAGGUGCAGGACAAGAAUUGUUAACUUUGUUAGUUCAAGAGGAUGCUUCAGCAGGCGAGCUAAUGUGAUUUGCAGAUUAGGUUUCCAUCUGGCUCAGUGUGACCGUUUGCUCUGCCUACAAUAGACCACUAGUGCUGCUGUAUGCAAUAUUUCAUAGGCUGGAUGCAAAAUUACAGGGGCACCAUAAAAUAAAAUAUAUUUUUUUGAAAAAAAAAAAAAGUGCUUAGAAGUGUAAUGAACCAGUCACACUGGUACACUGACACACAGACAAUGUUAUAUGUCAAAUGUCUGUGGAACUCAUACAGUUAUUUUCUUAAGACAUCACAAUAUUUACUUUUCUCUUUUACUUAUGAUUAUUUUAAAUCAUCAUUGUGUUUGGUUUCCAACUCAUUUUCAUUUAAAAUUUAGGCUUGUGAGCACAAACUUUUGGAUGUAAACAUUAAUCAGCUGCUGUGUACUCAAGUGGUGAAUUUUGAUGGGUGAGGCAGUUUACAUUUGGACUGCAGAUUGGUUAGCUGGUGAUCUUCAUAUUUCAUUUUCAAAUCUUUGUUUUGUCACUUUUUGUGUAACCUUCUCAUGCAAAUAAAGACUGGCAUAACAUGCA